CAACCGCAUGGCACUUCAGUGUUGCAUAUGAUGUGCCAACAUCAAGCGGCCGGAGAAGAUUUCGCGGCCGGUCUCACCAGGUGAACGAAAAGAAGAUGCAAAGAUGAAGCGCCCGAGCGCAAACAUUGGGAUUGCCGCUACUACUGCUGUCGCACCUGCUGCUCCAGAGCUCGCUGAGGCUCCAAAGUCACCAAAAAUUGAUGGCGGUGGAGGAACCGGAGCAACUGGAGGCACUCAACUUGAGACUGAAGCCGACAGUGGGGCCACCACAGAAAUAAAGGAAUUGAUGCCUUUCAAGCGGCAGAAGACCAGAGAUUCAGGAAAUGCCUUACAACGUCGAAAGACGGCAGCAAUGGAAGAUUAUUUGCAAACUCUUCCAGAAGGUGAUGGUGAAGGUGAAGGUGAUCACCGGGACCGUGCGUGCGAUGCCUUGGAAGUAACUGCAGAAAACAUUGCUGUAAAUCUGCGUGUGACACGUGGACCUGACUGGAAUUGGGGUGAUGAAGACGGUGGUGAAGGCAGAACUGGCGUCAUUUUGUCCUUCGACAAGGCGAAAGCCAUUGCACAAGUUCUUUGGGAAGGAGGACAGGCACACAAGCACUACCGCUUUGGUCACAUGAAAAGUGACUUGAUCAUCAGCACUGGUGCGGCCAAUUCCACCCUGGGGAGGCGUAAUUCGCAGCUUUUUUUUUCAAGCAAGAGCCAGACCCUCCUCAUUUUUGAUUGGGACGACACCCUAUUUCCCACAACUUACGUGCGUGAUGAUUUGAAACUUGUUUGGAACAAACCAUUGAAAGAUCAAGACCUCAGUUCCACUGAAAAAAAUGCGAUUGGCAAAAGGCUUGAGCUUUGCGCGUCCCAUGCAGUUGAGCUUUUGAAGCAAGCAGACCGCUUUGGCAAAGUUGUGCUGUUGACCUUAGCUCGAGCACCCUGGGUGUCUGAAUCGUGCAAGAACUUCUAUGCUUCAGUGGGUCGUUUGAUCACUCAACUCAAGGUCCCGAUCAUUUAUGCGCAAGAGGGUAUCCAAGUGGACUACAACAAGCAGAACAUGUCUUCAGAUGAAGAGAUUGAACGUUUCUGGAGCUCCGUGAAAGGAAAGGCCAUAGAACGAGAGUGUAACAAGUUUUAUUCGCAGUAUGAGGGCCAGAGUUGGAAGAACGUUAUCUCCAUUGGGGACUCUGACUUUGAGCGCUUGGGCACUCAAAAUGCCAUGGAGAACUACAUGCGAGAGACAGGUAUCGACAGCGAUGGGAAGCUGGUGGAUGUGAAUGGUCAUCUCUAUAAAGUCAGAACGAAAACCUUCAAAAUGUUGGAUGAACCCACGGUCGAGGAAUUGACAGUGGAGGUGGAUAUGUUGAAGGCUUGGCUGCCAUUGAUGGUGAAGCUUGACAGCAGCUUCGACGUGAACCUGAACAAUGCAGACGACCCGGAAGUUCUGAAGUCCAUUGAUAACACAUUGAGAGGUCAGCAAAGCCAUUGAGAAGCCACUGAGCCACAUGGCGGCUACCACUCCGUUACCACAAUUCAUGGAUUUGACCGAACUUGACCGGAACAAUCAUUUUAAAUUUUGAUUUGGCAUUUGACAUGACAAUUUCAAUCUCACCCGAACAAAUCCGAAAUUCUAAUCUCGGCAAGGCCCCAAAGUUGGGUCAAACGCUCGGAAAGCAAGUGGAAAAA